AUGCCUCAUCUAAUGGAGCUUAAAGAUGCUGGUAAAUUCACCUUGUGUGACGCUCCAUCUGACCAGCAGCACAAUGUUUCCAAUCUACAGUCAGAUCCAGAGAAGUCUGAUGAUGAAAAGCUCUUGCACAACUACAACGCUGCCAAAAACUGCCUCUCUUUAUGCACUGCUGAUGAUGAAAAGCUCUUGCACAACUACAACGCUGCCAAAAACUGCCUGUCUUUAUGCACUGGAUUUGUAUCUACGUCUUGUCAGCCCUGUGAGGAAGGCUGGACAGCACAUCGUGGAAAGUGUUAUUUCUUCUCCUCUAAAAAGCAGACAUGGUUUGAGAGCCGUGAUUUAUGUGUAGCAUCAAAAGCUCGUCUCGUCUCCAUAAGCAACAAAGAAAUACAGGAUUUCCUGGUCUCUAAAAUUAAAGAGACACACUGGAUUGGUCUCAAUGAUCUUGAAACGGAGGGACACUGGGUUUGGAUGAAUAGCCAAACUCUGAGUGAAACUGGAGUACAGUUUUGGCACAUGAGGGUAUCUUGGCCGAAUGAACCGGAUAACUGGAAAGAAGAUGAUCCUUCUGGAGAAAACUGUGCUAGUCUGGGAAAUUUUGAUGGUUUUUUGAAUGAAUGGUUUGAUAAUUCUUGCAGAAUGCAGAAAAAGUUCAUCUGUGAAAAGAAAAAUACAUUCCCCCUAAUUGAUGAUAUCUAA